AUGGAUCUUGGGCAAGCCAACUACAAGCAAAACCAUAGUACUGUGCAAGUGUUCAUCCUGGUGGGAUACCAAGCAUAUCCCGCCCUCCUCUUCAUGGUCUUCCUAGCCACAUACACAAUGAUACUACUAGGGAAUGGUCUGAUUGUGGUGGUGACAACGUUGGACCCUGCCUUACAUUCUCCCAUGUACUUCUUCCUGCGUAGCCUGUCAGGACUGGAGAUGUGUUACACUUCAGUCACCCUUCCUAAGAUGAUGGCCAAUCUGGUGUCUGGAGAUCGUUCCAUUUCCCUGCCUGCCUGUGCCUCACAGAUGUUUUUCCUGCUCUUCCUGGGUGGGGCUGAGUGCUUCCUGCUGGGUGCCAUGGCCUAUGACCGCUACCUUGCCAUUUGCCGGCCUCUCCAUUAUAUGACAAUCAUGAGCCAUAGAGUGUGUGUCGGGAUGGUGGCAGGCUCAUUUGCCAUCAGUCUCCCUUUGCAAUUGUUCCAAAUUGGAAUAGUCUUCUCUUUACCUUUCUGUGGAUCCAAUGAGAUUGACCAUUUCUUCUGUGAUAUCCCACCAGUACUCAGCCUGGCAUGUGCUGAUAUUUAUUCCAAUGAGAUGAGUGUGUUUGCUGCAAGUGUCGUUUUUGUUAUAAUCCCCUUUCUCCUCAUUUUGGCUUCUUAUGUACAAAUCGCCAAGGCCAUACUGUGCAUGCCAUCAGCCACAGGACGCCGGAAGACCUUUUCCACGUGCUCAUCCCACCUGACUGUGGUCAUUCUCUUUUAUGGCUCUGCAAUGAUUGUGUACCUGUGUCCCAAGACCCCGGAAUCUGUGAAGGUUAACAAGUUGCUCUCCCUGCUAUACGCCAUCAUCAUUCCCCUUUGCAACCCUCUCAUUUACACCCUGAGAAACCGGGAGAACGAUUCCAUUCUAAAGAAGGUAACAUCCUUUAUUUUCCAUAGCAAUGAACUGGAAUUUGCUUGGACCCCCCCCCCCCCCAAUGCACCUGUCUCAUGGCAUUCAGUCUUAUACUGGUUUUGA